UUAGGGGUCAUAAACCAAUCAGAAUCGUAUCCGCUGUAACGCUCGUUCAUGACGUCACUAGUUGCUGACCCUUCAUGCUUCUUCUUCCCACAUGGGAAUUGUAGUUAUAUUAAGGUUCGUUUAUAUAGUCGCUCUACGAAUGAGUACAACAUUUCCCACAAUUCAGCGGAACUAUGCAACAACAACAAAAAAAUAACCCCGUGCCUUUGUUUUUUGUUGUUAACGGUUUAAGGCACAGCUCCUGACGAAUAACUUUGAUCAGCUUACUCAUGACAUUGCAGUUUAAACCAAUCUCACGCUUGUCUUUUGAAAGCAAACAGCACUGAGCAGCUGAACUCGGAAACGUUUUUUUCUGACCAUGGAGAAAGCAUGGAAGGUGGAGUUUCAGAAUGUGGGAACCAGCUACUUCCCACAGAGCAGAGUGGAAUGCCACUACAGCAUCAGUUCUCAGCACAGCUGGGCUAGCAGUGACUGGAUCGGCCUGUUUAAGGUUGGUUGGUCAUCUGUGAGGAACUACCAUACAUUUGUGUGGGCUCUGGCUCCAACCAACUACAAGGAAGGGACUGAUGUUAACUGCUGCGUCCACUUCCAAGCUUGCUAUUUGCCAGGCCCCAGUGCUGAGCAAUACCAGUUUGUGUAUGUGGAUGGGAAGGGCGAAGUCUGCUCCCGCAGCUCUGCUUUCACUUUCUCUGCUCCAAAGCCACUGGAGGAGCUGAUGACUCUGGAGCAAGCCCUGGAGGGAGGUGAAGGCAGCGAGGACAUGCUAGUUGUCGUUCCCAAAGCCGAGCUUCUGCAGAGCCGGCUGCAGGAGUGUCUGAAAGAGAGGGCUGAGUUAUUACAGUCUCUAGAAGCAGCAGAGAGGAGCUGCAAACAUGAGCGAGAGUGCUCACUUAGGACCAGAGAGGUGUGGGAGCAGAGGAGCAAGGAGCUGGAGGAGGAGCUCAGACACACCAGAGAAGAAAUGGAGGACAUGAAGAAGAGGCAGGAGGAGUUGGCAGGUCUCAGUAAGGUUCUACAGGAGGAGAAACAGGCUCUGCUAGUAAAAGAAGCAGCCAGUGAGCAGAAGAUCAGCCAGCUAGAGGACGACAUGAGGGUGCUCACCCAAAAAGCCCUGGAGAGGGAGACAGAUCUAGAGAGGAUGAAAGAGCGAGCCAAAAAAGCUGCAGCCCAAAAGAAAGAAAUAGAAAGUGAACAGACGAAUCUAAAGCUGAAGCUGGAACAGACUGAGAAAGAGCUGCAUAGCCUCUCGACGGAGUUCCAGAGUUUGAGAAGUUCUCUGGCCCAGAGAGACACGCACGCCCUGCAGCUCCGAGACACCAUCACAACACUCACGCACAAACUCAACAACGCACACAGGAAGGAGGCAGCCAACGACGCGGCUUUAGCCGAGUUACGCGGCGUUCAGGAGCGACUGAGUGGCAGUGAACGCUGUGUUGAGACUCUGCGGACUGAUAUCAGAGACAUGGCAGCUCAGAGGGACAACGUCCAGGCUGACCUUCACCAGGCCAGACUACAGGCCGCACAGCUCACCCUGCAGCUUGCCGAUGCCAACCUGGCACUGCGGGAGGCUCGUGCCAGCUGGGUGCAGGAGAGAGAGAGUCUGCAGUGUAGCACUGAGAUGAUCAGGACACAUUUGGACAGGCUGAAUGACGAGAUCAAGCAGAAGGAAGAGCAGCUGCAGGAGGAGAGGAUGGAAAGAAAUAAAGCGGAGGUGGAGCUUGGGCGAGAGAAAGACUGCAACCGGGUGCAGCUGAGUGAAACACGAAGGGAGCUGCAGGAACUGAAGGCCAGUCUCAGGGUGGCUCAGAAGGAAAAAGAGCAACUGCAGGCUGAGAAAAAGGAGGUGAUUGAGUACAUCCACCAGCUGGAGCAGAGGCUGGAGACCCUGAGUGGCUCUAAAUGGAGCAUGACAGCAUUGUUGCAGAGCAGUCAAGCAGACAGCUCCCUGUCAGAGUCAGAGGAUGAGAAUCCAGAAGCACUAAGGCCUCUGAGCCACUACAGCCUGUGUGAGCAACCCCAGGCUGACCCUGACCUCCUCCUCAUUCUGCCCACUACUCCUCCUCCGUCCCCGCGACUCCUCCACUCGUCUCAGGCCGUGGUGAUCAGUCAGCCCGCUCCACUCUGCUCCCCACACCAGCCUAGUGAUGACACACACCCACACGUGCACAGUUCCGAGUCGGAAGAGGAGUAUGAAUUGUUUCAAUCAGGUGGGAAUAGCUCUGGAGAAGAGCUGGCUCUCCUCCUGCCUAACCACAGAAACACUAUUCUCAGUGAGGUGGAAGAGAGCCCCCUGUGGUGAGGAGUGGAACUACGAGAGCAGCCUGUUACAGGUCUUUGCACAGUAACACGUACUGACAUAUGCAAUUUGCUUUACAUUUUUUAAUGCACUUUCUGUAUGCACAAGCUACUAGACUACUCAGUGUUUCACACAUUCACCUGUUCAAAUACUUAACACUAUGGAUGCUUCAAUACAGAUACUGUUAUCUGUAUCUCUUUUACUUGUACUCAUAAGAAAUGUUCCAGUGGCAGCAUCCGUUACAGCGUGAUCGUAUGAGACAUAAACCUGGUAUACAUUGCCACAUUAAUUAAACCGACGACAUGAAACAAGAACAAUAUGGAGUUGGGAUCUGUGUUCUGUGAAAAUAUCAAAAGGAGGAAUACCUGUAUGGUGAUUAAAUAGUAUCUUUAAUAGUGUGCAAGGGUGGCCAACUGAUCAUCCAGAACAGUAUCAGCAAGAGUGAAGAAUUGGUGAGUGUGGAGCAGUGACCCAGGCAUGCAAAGAAACUUGUUGCAAUGCUGAAGGCGCAUCGUUGAAUUCGGCAAAGCAAACCAUCACAAAACUCCUCCUCCCUCGCACACGGAGUUGUGGGCAAUAUAAAAAAAAAUUUAAAUUAAAUGAAAAAAUAAAUAAAAGUGUCCACGGAUCCACACUUCGAAAAUCUACCAGAAAUCGUAGACCAGUAUAAUAGUAGGUAUCUGCGGUUGUUUGUGAGUGAAAUUUAUAUCACUGUAUAGUACUAUAUAUUUGAUAGUUUUAUAGGCUUAAAUGAAAUGAAUUCAAUUAAAUAAAUUUAUGUUAGCACUUCUGUCACUGAAACAACUCAAUACAGCCUCGUUGUGUCAUGUGGUUGCAAUGAGAAACAGGCUGAGGGCACUGUGAGAUACGGUAUUGUGAUUGACCUGCAGAGGAGAGGAGAAGAAGUGAAGCACACACGUUUCUCUGAGGAAUUCUUUAUUUCUUUUACAAAUGUAGUAUACCACAAUCCUAUAAAACUUGGAAAGAAACACCAGUAGGACGGUAACCUAAAUAAUAUGUUAAAAAGCUAAAUAUUAAAUAAAAUAAAAAACACGGCCGGGUGUCAUGCCUGGAAAUGGAUCCUGAGAUUUGUAGUCUAGUGUUUGCCUGUUUAACACUUAUUUAUUUCCCACAAAGCCGACAUAUGGCUUCAUCCAAUUUUAUUGGUUCAGCUCAUUCGUUAGACACGAAUCCAAAAUUUUCCCAAAUCGCUGAUGUUUGGUUUCCCGACAAGCUCUAUCACAGCAGCAGAACCCGUAGAGAAAUAGCAGCAUUUUCCUGACUGGAUUUUGCCGCGUUCAAACAAACCCGCGCCAAACUAACAGACAACACCAUGUAAGGUUUGAUUAUGAUUAUGUAACUUCUGUAUUAAUAUAAAAUCUCCCGCUAUGUGGUAGGCUAUAAAUACAAAUUAAUAUAGCAACUGUUAAUAAUAUUAUUAUUAUUAUUACACUUGUAUACAAAACGUACUUUUUACUUGUCAUAGUGCCCACUCAAGCAGAAACAUUAACAUGGCGUGUGAUGUGACACCACCACGGUGGCAAACUACCACCGCAUUGGUGCAGUUGUCAUGGCUACAGUCACAGAAACGCUCACUGAUAAUGCUCUGCACACUCAUUUCAGCCACCCUCGUGCUCUCUAUUAAUCUAUUAACUGUUUAAACACAAUAUCUUAAACUUGAAACUCAGCACAAGGAGUUCAUUGUUAGCAGCAAUCAGUAUAAACAGAGCUAAAUAAAAUCUUCUGUAAUGGCCCUGAUUGAUGAGUAUGUUACUCACUUCCAUAUCAGUAUCAACAUAUAUCAAACAACAUGUACUCAUACUCAGUCUGAAAAAAUAUGUAUAAUGAUAUUGAUGCAUCCUUGCUUAGCACAUAUCAAAAGGAAGUUGUAUAAUACAAAAUGGGUUGGUAUGUUACAAAGAAGGUGUCUUUGUGUAUUUUCGGUGUGUAAGGCUAGUUUUGAAUUAUGAUGAAUAGCUUUUUACUCCAAAAAGGUUAUAAUUAAGCUUAUAUCAGUUUUUCUUUUUAUAAGAGAUAGGACUUGCAAUAUUGCAAUAAUGUAGUAUGUAAAACAAAUUUGAAUCCAUGUUUGAGAAGAUAGGAUUUUGUUUGAACUUUAAUGCUAUUAUGUCAAAUAUUUUUGAAAUGUUGGUUAAAAAAAAUAAAAAUAAUUUUAAAAAACAAGGUUAACUGCAGCCUAAUGAGGAUAUAUGAAUUAUGGGUCAGAAAGGAAAUGACAUGUGAAUGUGUAAUAAAGAAAGAGACUGAAUUGAUGGCAAUUGGCAAUGGAAUUAAACAGGAAAUGACCAUGGAAAUGUUUUUACAGCCUUGAGCAGUCCUGAUUGCAAUAAUCCUACCAAUAAUAGUUAUAAUUAACUUACUUUCAUUAAUGCGAAUACUUUAUGAUCUGUUUCUGCAACAAAUUAUAAUAUCAAAGUUUUCUACCAUUUUUAAAGUUUUGUUUUGCUUAUUUAACCAGGUGAUGUUUUGUCUUUUCUUUAAGGCAUGGGUUCUCAAAUUUUUGUAGCCAGUGACCUGUUUAAUGUAAAAAAUAAUAAUAAUAAUAAUAAUAAUAAUAAACCCCCCAAAAAACACUCACUAUCGAUUUGUUUUAUGAACAUAAUCCAACUGUUCAAAAAUUAAGCUCUUUGCUUAAGUAUGUGCAAUAAUAAUCUUGCUGUUUAUUAAAAGCCAUAGAGUUUUUUUAUUCCUGCACCUCCUACCAACAGAACACAUUAGGCCCAAGGAGGCAUUAUUUAAAGGCCUAUUUGUUUUUGAGUUAUUAUUUUGAGGUUUGGAUUGAACCAGUGAAAUUCAUGUGACCAGUCAAGUAGACUAGUAACUAUAACAAGCAUUAAUAUAACAGUUUUGAUAAUGGUGAUGUUUUCCACUAUUGUAACAGGAAAAAAAAAACAUGGUUGCCCUUGGCUAUAUACCCCAAUUUGAGAGCCACUGCUUUAAGGUUUGAAUCAUUUUUAUCUAUAACUUUUUAUACAGGAUGAUACAGAUUCAGUCCAUGUACUGUAAGAUGUUCGGUUCAAUCCUGUACUGUUCUACUGUUUUUCCUGUUGCAUUGAAACUGUGCUAGUGGAAUCAUUUGUAGCCUGUUUAAUGUUUAAUAUACAACACAGGUUUGUACAUAAGCUCAUUGAUGUGGGUGGUGUCGUAUUGUCACUACAUAAAUUUAACCAAGGCAUCAGUGAACUUUUUGAAAUUGUAUGAAAUGGUCAGCGUGAUGAUUAACAAGGCUCAACGUUUUAAUUGUACUAGAUACUUUUCACCUCUUGGUGGUUUGUAGCUUUUACUGUUGUAAACUAAUUAGCAUCCAUCUGCUGUGCCAUGCCGGUUUGUGUUUAAAGUACCACGACAUCCUCACUGUUUCCAGCCCUGUAAAAAUCCUGAGCUUUAAUUCUAUAUAGACUUGUAUCCAGAUCCGUUCGGAAGAACUCUUUCAGUUUGUAUUCAUAGCAAUAAGCCAUCUUUUCUGUUUUCUUUGCUUUUUCUUUAUUAUUAUUUUUAUAUAUUCACUUAUCCAAUAUGUAUUUUCCAGACUGUGUUGUACUGUAAGGGUUUGGGUGGGUUUCAACAAUAAAGUAUUGAUAAUCUUUAAAAAAAUAAAAAAAAAAUAAAAAAUCGA